GUUCUAUCCCUCACUGAUUGUUUCUGAUUCAGGACGGCCCCACAAAGACUGGGACUGCCCGGGCGUUGGACUGUGGGGCUGGCAUUGGCAGGAUCACCAAGAGACUCCUGUUGCCUCUUUUCAAAGCGGUGGACAUGGUCGACGUGACUGAAGACUUCCUCAACAAAGCCAAGACCUACCUCGGCGAGGAGGGUCGGCGGGUGAGGAACUACUUUUGCUGCGGCUUACAAGAUUUCAGUCCGGAGCCCGGCGCUUACGAUGUCAUCUGGAUCCAGUGGGUGAUAGGACACCUGACAGACGACGACCUCUGCAGCUUCCUGAAGAGAUGUCGGCUGGGCCUUCAGCCCAACGGCCUCAUUGUCAUUAAGGACAACAUGGCCCAGGAAGGGGUCAUCAUGGACGACGUGGACAGCAGCGUGUGCCGCGACCUGGACGUCGUCCGCAAGAUCGUCCACCGGGCCGGGCUCAGCUUCUUGGCCCAAGAGAAACAAGAGAACUUCCCCGAUGAGAUCUACCACGUCUAUACUUUGGCCAUGAGAUGAGGGCUCUGGCGGCUAGGAGAGAGAGAGAGGAUGCUUUCCCAGAAGAGCUCUGGAGCCACGUCUGAGGGAGGAACCUCCUCCAAGGAGCCCCUCCAACAGGGGCAGGGGGGCUGAGACCAGCAACCCUAGGAGCCGGUCCAAACAUCUCGGGGCGCGUCUUGACUGUUUGCUGAGUCUGGUUUUUGGUGGGGAAGAAUUUGAGCCUCUUGUCCUCCAGUAAAGGCCGAGGCUUAGAAGAAAAUAUAUUUGUGCUGUUGGUA